AUGACGGUCGAUCGGGCCAGAUCGCAUGAAAUCGAUUCCGUUGACGAGGGUCGUAUUGUUGGAGGCCAGCCAGCUAAUAUCGACGAUCAUCCGUAUCAGGUGUCCCUCCGAUAUAACAAUCGUCACGUAUGCGGUGGUGCUAUCAUUAGCGAGGAAUGGGUCGUCACAGCCGCGCACUGCGUCCAGAGAGCCUUUGCCCGAUUCAUUUCAAUACAGGCUGGGACUUCCAAUCUGAAGGACGACGGCGUAGUCGUUGAUGCAGAAGAAAUCAUUGUCCACGAGCUGUACGAUUCAAGGGAUUCGGAUUACGAUAUAGCUUUGGUUCGGUUGAAAAAACCGCUGGUCUACGAUAACCGGGUGAGACCGAUCGUCCUGGCACCGGUCGCCGAUCAUUACAACGCUGGCAGCAAGGCGUUGGUGACCGGUUGGGGACUGUUGAAAAGCAACGGACGGAUAUCGAACCAGUUACGUAAGGUCGAGGUACCGCUGGUCUCGAACACGGAGUGCUCAGAAUUGUACGGUGGACGGCCUAUUACACGGAGAAUGAUUUGCGCUGGAUACGUGAAUCUCGGCAGCAAGGAUGCGUGCCAGGGUGACAGUGGUGGACCGAUGGUGCAACACGGCCGAUUAAUCGGGAUCGUGUCCUGGGGUAUCGGUUGCGCGCUGCCGUCUUAUCCUGGCGUUUACACGCGAGUGACAGUCCUUCGAAGUUGGAUUACAGCGAAAACUGGCUUGUGA